AUGCAAGAACGAGACUUUCGUGUGGCCGUCGGCCGUCUCGUUGGUUUUGGGUCAAUCCUUACCUUCGUCACCUUUCAGUACAUCACAAUCAGAGGAAGAAACUCCUUGGGAUUCUACGAUCUUCUCAUCCAGUCAUGUUCUUGCAUUCUGUUAUUCAACUUUCUCGUUAUCAUCUCUCGCUGGAUUGAGUACGAGCCGAUUCCGGGAACGAAAGACAAUGACAAACUACCGACACUCAGCAUCAUCAUACCUGCGUACAACGAGUCAGCGUUUGUUCGGAACUCAAUUGGUUCGGUCCUAUCUUCGGACUACCCACGCCACAAAAUCGAGGUCAUCGUCGUUGACGAUGGCUCGAAAGACGACACCUGGUCUCACAUCCAGAGCGCAGCGCAGCAAGCCCACGAAGCAAAGCCACCGCUGCGGUGCAUCCCCAUCCUCCACGAGGUGAACCGCGGAAAGCGCCAAGCCAUGGUCACGGCAUUCACGACAGCCAAGAACGAAAUCCUCGUGACGCUCGACUCAGACACGCUGCUCGAUCGACAGGCGCUGAGAAACCUCGUGUCCCCGUUCGUGGUGGACAGCGGGAUCGGCGGUGUGACGGGCCAUCUUUCCGUCUUCAACGUCAAGUCCGAUGGGUGGAGCAGCUUCGUCCCGCGCACCCUGGACUGCCUCUUUGAGCAGAAUGGCAACAUCCCAAGAGCUGCGCAGUCGAAGUAUGGUUUCGUGACGAUUCUUCCCGGAGCCAUCUCUGCUUUCCGCAGGCUCGCGGCGGUGCCGCACACGAGUUCGCUCGUGGAGGCUAAGUUCCUGGGACACCCGCUUCGCCACGGAGAAGACGUGCAGCUGACAAUGCACAUGCUUCGUGACGGCUGGCGAUUGCGAUACCAGAGCAACGCGGUGGUAUACACCGUGGCUCCCGAGACGUUCCGGAAGGCAUUCCUCAUGUAUGUGAGGUGGGAACGCAGUAACUACACCUACUGGAUGCUCGGUCUGGUCAAAAUUGCCUUCAUGGAGGCCGUCAGAAUGGUCACUCACCGGAAUGUGACAGAAUUUGAGAUGGCCGUCGACCAGGAGAAGCAGGACGGCAGCGCCACGCGGAAUGCGCGGCAACCGGACUUCCAUCCUAUUUUGGGGAUUGUUUGCACCGGGUUCUCGAACUUCUCAUGCAUGGCUGCCAUUUUUACUCUGGCGAGGGGUGCAUACACGAAUCCUUGGGUGAGCCUCAUGAACGUGGGCUGCCUCGUGGUUUUCGCAACCUGGUCGAGCACUUUAUUAUUGGCGGAUGCGAUUGUCCAGGACUAUGGCGACAUGGCGGGUCUUGAAGUCAAGGAUACAACUCAGGAAUCCCCCGAGUCUCAAAAGAGACGGUAUCCAAGACUGAGGAAGAAGAUGCAGUACUCGUGUUUCUCCACAGUGGCCAAUUUCUUGUUCGUUAGUUGGGCGUCAAUGUUUGGCUUGUUCACCUUGAGGAGCCAAAGUUGGCUGACAAGAUAG